CCCCAUGGCGGAGCUGCACCUCCUGGGACAGAUCGUGGGGGGCAGCGGCUUCCCCCAGCGCCGCCUCUUCUGCAAGUGGGGGCUGCAGGCGGGCGCCGCCUGGCGGCCGCUCUCAGGCCUCACCUCGGGCCAGACGCACGUUGAUGACCCGCAGGCUGAUGACGUCACUUACUGGAGCCACCCCAUCGACGUCCACUACGCCACCAGAGGCCUGCAGGGGUGGCCGCGGCUCCACGUGCAGGUCUGGCACCAGGACGGCCUCGGCCGCUGUGACGUCGUGGGCUACGGCUGCUGUCACGUGCCCGCGGCGCCGGGCCUCCAUUGGCUGCGCUGCGUCACGUGGCGCCCCCUGGCGGGCUGGCGGGAGCGCGCGCGCCGGAGCCUGGUCGGGGGCGGGGCCCGGCUCGCGCAGGCGCAGGAGGUGGUGGCCCGGGGGGGGGGGGGAGGGGAGCGCUUCCGGUUGAGGAGCGAGGCGGCCGGAAGUGUCCAUCUGCAGCUGGGGGUGGUGCUGAGGCACUUCCGGCGCUAUGGGGUGCGCUGCGCAUGAGCAGUAGG